CUGCCUGCUGAAGGUGUGUUUGCUCCUGCUCACUGUCCACUCCUCUCCUUCACAGAGGGCACUGCCACCUUCAUUGCCAAGAUCGGAGGGGACCCAAUCCCCAGCGUGAAGUGGAUGAAGGGAAAAUGGAGGCAGAUCACUGCCGGGGGCCGAAUCUCCAUCGAGCACAAGGGCCAGGAUGCCAAGCUGGAGAUCAAAGAUGUGACCAAGUCUGACUCAGGUCUUUACAGAUGUGUCGCCUCCAACAAACACGGAGAGAUCGAGAGUGGUGCAGAGAUGGAGGUCACCAAGAAGGAGGAGUCGGAGGGAAUUGGAGAUAUUCGCACGAGACUCAAGAAGACUCCCUCCAAGCAGAAGAGUCCCAAGAAAGAGGGAGAUGUGGACAUCGUGGGGCUGCUGAGAGGUCAGGACCCCAAAGACUACGAGAGGAUCCUGCGGGAACAUGGAAUCCACGACUACCGCGCCAUCCUGCAGGCCGUGGAGUUCCUGAAGAGGGAAAAGGAGAUGGAGUCAGGAAAAGCGGAGGUGGAGCGCGGGGGGCGGGUGGAGGAGGAAGACAUGGCCCGACUCAUGCAGCAGCUGGAGGGACGCGCCAGCACCGAGGUGAGGAGAGCUCCCAUCCCCGCAUGGGUCAGGGUUUCUGGGUUUAUGCCCGAGCCUCCCCGGGUGGUGCGCCACAUGCAGCCGCAGGCCGCCAUGUCGGGCCGCUCGGCGCGCUUCUCUGCGCAGGUGAGCGGCCUCCCGCGGCCGCAGGUGUCCUGGUACAAGGACCAGCAGGCGCUGGCCGCCGGGUACAAGUGCAAGUUCCUGCAGGAGGGGGAGGAGCACGCGCUGCUGCUGCUGGAGGUGUUCCCCGAGGACGCCGCGCUCUACAGCUGCCAGGCGCAGAACGACUACGGCCAGGCCAGCAGCUCCGCACCGCUCACCGUGCAGGAGGCUGGUUCUGAGGUAAGGAGGGCAGCCGAGGACGAUAACCCGCCUGGAAAGUGGAAAGUUAACCCCAGAAAUAACAGAACCCGUGCACACCGGCUAACCCGUAACGAGCCAGAACCCCGUAACCACAGAACCACCAUCCAGAACCACCAUCCAGAACCCCGUAACCACAGAGCCACCGUCCAGAACCCCGUCUCCAUCGCCGGGUCGGCCAUCGCCACCCUGCAGAAGGAGUUCUCCUCAUCUUCUGCCCGAAAGAUCAUCAAACCCGUCAAGUCCCCCGGCCCGUUCCCCAGGGCGGCCGAGGCCCGGGAGGAGCCCGUCCCGCCCCCCUUCAGAGAGCAAUACCUGCUCAGCUCAGAGUCCCAGAGCGGGCUGGUGCUCACGGGGGGCGCGGAGGGAGUUUAUGAGGACUGGGGAGCUAAGGUUUGUCUUCUGGUUCAGUGA